CUUCCACCACGAUGAGCGGCUUGAGCCUCAACCAGUCGAUCACAGCGGCGUGGGGCACGCAGCCGGCGGCCUCGACGUCGGCAGCCGCGGCGGCCACAAAGAAGCGGGUCCGCAAGACGGUCGCGGGGCUCAACAGCCCUGCGAGCCCAGGACCAGACGGUACCUCCACUGCGCCGGGCAGCGAGCCCGAGACUGCUGUGCGCAAGAAGCGCGUCAAGAGAGAGAACCGCGAGGGACGGGACGACAAGUAUGCGCCCCCGGACGCGCGCCUCAACCAGCUUGGAGGGCUGGGCAAGCAGGUCACCCAGCUCAUGGAGAUUGUCGCCUUGCCACUCCUCCAUCCUGAAAUCUACGCGCACACUGGCGUGCCGCGUCCGCGCGGUGUGCUGCUGCAUGGCGUGCCGGGAGGCGGCAAGACGCAGCUCGUGCGGUGUCUGGCUGGUGAACUAGGCCUCCCCUUCAUCACCGUCUCGGCGCCCUCCAUCGUCUCGGGCAUGUCGGGCGAGUCGGAGCGUACCCUUCGCGAGCACUUUGACGAGGCAAAGAAGCACGCGCCGUGUAUCUUGUUUCUGGACGAGGUCGACGCCAUCACGCCGAAGCGCGAGAACGCGCAGCGCGAGAUGGAGCGCCGCAUCGUCGCGCAGCUCCUGACGUGCAUGGACGAGCUGGCAGCGUCCGAAAAGCCCGUGGUGAUUAUCGGUGCGACGAACCGGCCCGACUCGCUCGACCCGGCGCUCCGCCGCGCAGGGCGGUUCGACCACGAGAUUGAGAUGGGCGUGCCGAGCGUCGAGGGCCGCGAGGAGAUCCUGCGGGUCCUCUGCGCGCCGCUCAGCCUCUCGGGCGAGGUGGAUAUCCGGUGGCUGGCAAAGGCUACGCCUGGAUAUGUUGGUGCCGACUUGACGGCGUUAACGACCGAGGCAGGCGUCGGCGCCGUCAAGCGCAUCUUCGAGUCCAUGUCGGCCCAGUCGGCCGAGCCAGACGCCGCGAUGGAGAGCAUGGCGCUCGACGACAGAUCUGGGCCGUUUACCGAUCUCUCGCCCGAGCUGCUCGCCACGCCGAUCGCACGCUUCCUGGCCAGCCAUCCCAACCCUUUGACCGCGGAGCAGCUCGGCAACCUCGUGAUUGUGCCCGACGACUUUGUCGCCGCGCUCAAGGUCGUCCAGCCCAGUGCCAAGCGCGAGGGCUUUGCCACAGUGCCAGACGUCACCUGGGCCGACAUUGGCGCGCUGGGAAACGUCCGCGACGAGCUGCACAUGGCCGUCGUCCAGCCCAUCCGCCACCCCGAGCUGUUCUCUGUUGUCGGCAUCGACGCGCCGUCCGGCGUGCUCCUGUGGGGCCCGCCAGGAUGUGGUAAAACACUCCUUGCCAAGGCCGUGGCCAACGAGUCGCGCUGCAACUUUAUCUCCGUCAAGGGCCCCGAGCUGCUCAACAAGUACGUUGGUGAGAGUGAGCGCGCGGUCCGCCAGGUGUUUGCGCGUGCCCGUGCCUCCUCGCCCUGCGUCAUCUUCUUUGACGAGCUCGACGCGCUCGUGCCCCGACGUGACGACUCAAUGUCUGAAUCCUCUGCGCGUGUGGUGAACACGCUGCUGACGGAGCUUGACGGCCUCGACACCCGCAAGGCUGUUUAUGUUAUUGGUGCGACCAACCGCCCGGACAUGAUCGACCCGGCCAUGGUGCGACCUGGACGUCUCGACAAGCUGCUGUACGUCGACCUCCCGACGUCGUCUGAGCGUCUGGAGAUUCUGCGCACGCACACGAAGCGCACGCCGAUUGACGAGGCGUCAUGGGGCGGCAUUGCGUCGAUUGUCACGUCGCACCAGUGUGACGGGUACAGUGGUGCGGACGUCGCGGCAUUGGUGCGGGAAGCGGCGAGCCUCGCGCUUCGUGGCGCCCUCGAGGCCAUUGGCGCGUUCGAAACCGACAGCGACAACAUGCCGACGCAGCGCAUGAUGGUCAGCGUGGACAACUUUGUCGCUGCCGCGUCCAAGACCCGCGCGUCAGUGUCAAGAGAACAGCGGGCGCGGUACGAGCGCAUGCGUGACAAGUAUGCUGGCGUGCCGGCCAAGGGAAGGCGGUUGAGGGAGGCCGAGGCGGAGGCAGAGAAGGAGGCCAAGGAAGGGGGGGACGUGGGGAUGAUGGGUCUGAGCUGAGGCGAACGCAGCGAGCCGAGCCUCACACCCUGUUGUUAGACAUAUCUCUUUGCAUUCGUUGGGG